GAAUGUUGCCCGCACCUUGGCCCUCAGCCUUGCAGAUAGCUAAUGGGUUUUUACUGGACAGAAAUUUACGGUAUGCUCCGAGGCUUUCUUGUGCUAAUCCUUCAUGUCAGCCGGCCUCGUAUUGAUUUUUUCGGGCGGCUAGCUAAAUAAAUCAACUACGUGCGGUUGUCUAGCCCGAAGCUAGCCCCGCGUGAAGUAUUGGGGGCUGAACAUCGGAACGAACAGGAUUGUCUAUAGACAAACAAGACAGGGAGCUCUCGCAUAUAGCGGCACCCAAAGGCUGACAACGCGGCGCACUGAGCCGUUUCCAGGAUGCCGUACGAGGCUGUAACGUGCGGGAUAGUUGUGCAAGGCUGUCGUCUAAGAGAGCGGAAAUUCGCUCUGGAAGACGCUUAUAUAGGACUGAGAUUGAGUUCAUAUCAUCAGUAGCCUCUGCCUUUGCCUAGCUACCUCCCUCCGGAGUUAUACGAUCAUAUGUUACAUUCUUGUUACACUGUUACUCAGUUGCCUUUAUUUAGUAGACCACGAGCUUGAACUCAAGUUUCUCUGGCGAGAAUGUCUCCAAACAGGGCACAAAGAGACAUAUCUACGCUUUUUGGGCAUGUUGACCUAAAUAGCGACCAUGAGGAGUAUAAUGACGAUGACGAUGUCAUGGUAAUCGGUAUAGACUUUGGAACCACGUUCUCCGGUGCUGCAUGGGCAACGAGAGCCGACUUUGAAAGUGGACAGGUCAACCUUAUCACGGCCUGGCCGAAUAGCGGUCGAGAGGAGGGCAAGGCACCAACCGAACUAUUCUACGAAAAUGGUCAAACUAUGUGGGGGUACGAGGUUCCUCUCGACUCCGACCCGGUACGUUGGUUUAAGCUGCUACUUCUCAAGGAUGAAGAUAUGGAAAAGGAAACAAGAUCUUCCGAUUUUGUUAUUCUUGGACGGAAUAUGCUUCGUGAAACCGGCCGUAGUGCUGUCGAACUGAUCAGCGAGUAUCUUCGAUUGCUCUGGGCGCAUACCAUCCAGAGCAUUUCCAAAUCUCGUGGAGAAGAACUUUUGGAGGUCCUCCGGUUCCAUGUGGUUAUUACUGUACCGGCAAUCUGGCAGGGAUACGCCCGACAAGGCAUGCAAGAGGCUGUGAAAAAGGCUGGCAUUUUGGCCCAUCGACCAGCGGGUGAGACGAAGUUAACAUUUGUCCCCGAGCCGGAGGCUGCUGCUCUGGCUACGUUGAGCGAACCUGGCCGUCAGAUCUCGCCGGGAGAUGUAUAUGUCAUCUGUGAUGCAGGCGGCGGAACAGUGGAUCUGAUUAGCUAUAAAGUGACAGAUAUAGAUCCCAUUGCAAUGGACGAGGCUGUUGAGGGAACAGGGGGUCUAUGCGGCGGCAUAUUUAUCGACGAAGCAUUCAAGUAUAUGUGUAAAAGGCGACUGGGGCGACGUUGGGAUCAUCUGAGCAAGGCUGGCAUCAACGAGAUACUAAGAGGAGAAUGGGAACAAGGAAUCAAGCGUCAAUAUAAACCACAGGCCGGUAACAAGGAGUAUAUUGUCAGCAUCCCAGCGGAGGCAUUCGGAAAGGGCCGUAUUGAUGAUGACUCGGUGGAGCCACAUAUCAAGAAGGGUCGAAUUCAUUUCAAAGGGCCGCACAUCCAGAGUACCUUCAAGGAGUCUUUUGCUGGGAUUGAGAAGCUCAUCGAUGGACAAAUUGCCAGCGCGCGACAGAAGAGCUUACGUGUCAAGGGGAUUAUUCUUGUUGGAGGCUUGGGAUCCAGCCCAUAUCUAUACGAACAUCUAAAAGCUCGAUAUGAUGGUGCCCGAAUCACCAUUCUCCAAUCGGGGGGCAUGAUGCCACGUACUGCAAUCUGUCGGGGGGCUAUCUACAAAGGAUUCCUUACCGAAAGUAACAUAGACAGCGCCAACCGUGAUGGACCGACAGCAGGCCUUGACAUCAAAUCUCCAAUCAGUGUGGGAUCGACCAUCUCCCGGCUUAGUAUGGGUGUUUCGUAUAUGACUGCGUUUGAUGAUGACGUGCACCUUGAGGAGGAUAAAACCUGGGACACUGACGAGCUGGUUUACAAGGCCGACAAACAGAUGGCCUGGUUUAUCCGUCGGGGUGAGAACGUUUCUACCACUGAGCCGGUGAAGCAUGGCUACUAUCGAUUGUACAAGAAGGACUGGAACGGUCAUUUCUCGGUGUUUAUCUACCAGUGCACAAGCAGUCUCCCUCCCCCCCGACGCGACAAGAGCGUAACCCAGUUGUGCGAGAUUAAGUGCAAACUCGAUGUCCCUUACUCCUCGUUGGACAACUUUACCAGUCCGAAAGGAAAGAAGAUGAAGAAAAUGAACUAUGAUGUGGUGAUGGUUCCCUCGGGAGCGUCGAUAGAAUUUACCGUGUCCAUUGACGGACGGAAGCUCGGGGCGCAACAUGUCGCUAUCGAGUAUCAGUAGCGUGCUAUGUUCUACGAAGGAUGCGGUGCUUGCUGAUUAUACUCAAUUUGACAAUAUUCUCCUAUGGUUAUAGCAUCUAGGUAGUAAGGAACGUAUGAUUACGAUAUAGCAUAGGCCCAAAUGCGCAGUAUCGAUCCACAAUUACAUUCAAGAAACAUAUGCUGAGCCG